UGCAGACUAGCGUGGCUUGCUGUGAUCAUUUUGAGCUUCGUUUGUGCUAGUCUCCUCGGUGUCACAAUGUGGGACCGUUUCUCAUCUUCUCCAACGGUCACAGCUGUAAAGGACACUCACCUGCCUCUCUACUCCCUGCCUUUUCCAGCCGUCUCCAUUUGCGCAACAGAUAAAAUACGCCGAGAUGAGGCAUACCACUAUCUGUCCAGUUACGUGAAUCUUUCGAAUCCAGCAACGGCCAUUAUGGUGGAUGAUUUUCUAGCGACCAUGUCUCUUUUCCAAUAUCCUGCAUAUUCAAGGAUGAAAUAUUACUUAAAUCGGACGAAUGAUUUUUUACCUCAGCUCUCUAAAGUCAACUUGACUGAUUUCAUGCUCUACGUAUCCCCUACUUGUGAGGAACUUUUUGCUGGAUGUUUUUGGAUUGGCCAUCAACACAACUGCUGUGAACUUUUUGAUGUCCAAAGAUCAGAGGAGGGAUUUUGCUACUCUUUCAAUUCUUUAACAUCACAGAGGAGAGUCGAUUGUCCUCCCUUAGGCGAUCUAAGUAGUGUAUCUUACAUUCUGGACGUAGAGGAAGAAUUGAGGAGGACACAUCCAAGCUGCAAUAUUCGUCGCAACACAGCGGCGGGUGCUACAACGGGUCUUGAAGUAUUCCUCCAUAAAUUCAAUCAAUCCGAUCGAAUUCGGAAUGCAACAAAUAUCAUAGGAGAGUCUGGUUUUCGGGUUCAGAUUUACCACCCGAGCGAGUACCCGGAGGCCGGGAUGGGAAAUCUGAUCGCGCCGAAUCGGGCGUACAAGAUGAGCGCCUCGGUCAAGUCCUUCAUGACGAUCAGCACGGACCAGAUCCGGAAGCUGGACGUGGACAUCCGCUUCUGCUUCUUCCCGGACGAGCAGCAGCUCAGCGUCUCCAAGACCUACACCCAGAGAUCCUGCCUCAUCGAGUGCCGACUCGACUACCUCCACAAGAUGUGCAACUGCAGGCCGUACUACUUCAAUAUGCUCGAUAAUAGGAUUCCUAUCUGUGGCCCAGAACAACUGAAAUGCAUUGCAGCCCAUAAUAAAGCUCUGCGAUUGUUCAGUCCUCCUUUUGGGAACAUCAGAGGUUUUUCACAGAACAUAUCCAGUGGGUUGAGCAUGCCCCUGAACUGCUCACAAUGUUUGCCCACGUGCCAUGAGAGCACCUACGACGUGGAUACAGACUUCUCGCGUGACACUCAGCCCUUGGCCCAGAAGACGGAUGGCUACGUUGACGUAUUCUACAAGAAUGAAGGCGCCGUCAAGUAUCAGAGAGACGUUACCUUUGGCUGGUCCGACCUACUAGUCUCAUUCGGAGGUAUUGCGGGGCUAUUCCUUGGGUUCAGUGUGUUGUCCUUAGUGGAGCUGUUUUACUGGGUUGGAAAAAUCAUCUCAUUUUACGCUUCAGAAUCCAAAGCCAAAACAAAAAGACAAUCCGCGGAGGAAAAACUUCAGCGAACGAAACUCCCUCGGAAAGUUCAUCCUGCACAUUCGAUACACUUCCCUCAUGUUAAAAAGCUCUAUUAGGUAUGUUUCACCAUAAUAUAGAUGUAGAUAGUUUUUGACCCGUUAUACUUUUACCUUGCUCCUAUGUUUUAAGUGAGUUCA